AGGCUGCAAGGCUGAUUACACGUUACGGCUUACGCUUAUUCCUUCUACCCCUCAUCCCUCACACCCUCUUACCCGUUUCCGGCGCUCGCCCGUCCUUGCGUCUCUGUCUCCACCCCAGUCCAUGUUGAUCCCGAGUGUCCUGCUAUGCGAUUGGAUUACUUGGAACAGUGACGAAAUUGCGCCUCGGAGGACCAUGUCCAAUGGCAUAAAUGCCUCAUUCAUGGCUUCGGCCGGCUAUUCGGCACCAUCACCGUCAUCGCCAUCGCCAUUGCCUUCACCAUUCACAUUUCCGCGGCAUCUUGCUUACCGAUUUUAUGGCCGAUGGGUCCUUCAUCUCCGAUCGUCCGGUCUACCGCGCCCUGUCAUUAGUCGAAUGUGGAAAGAACGACACUACGAGUACAGCUGUUUGCUGUUGCGGUGCUACUUGUUGAAGCUCAGCAAUAUUUAGUGAUGAUGUGACACUUGCUGGAGUUCGAGCCAUGCAUUAAAGCAUUCACUCUUUUUGGGUAAUCCUUGCAUUGUCCCUGUGGUGGACCGUGACUCUAGGCAAACUCCAUGGACUGGUCGAUUGCAUUGGCUGGGU